AUGUCAUCGACAAGCCAUUUGAUUGUAACUCAAACCAAGGAGACGAAAGUUAAUAAAGGUCAUAGCAGUUUCAAUUUGGAAGUAACAGCUUGUGACGAUUCAUCAGAUUUAUUAUAUUCAUCAUCUCCGGCAACAAAUCAUAACUAUCUUUAUUAUGUAAAUGCUGAACCACCUCGAAAACAAUCGGUUGCAGUUACACAUACUUUAACACCAACAUCAUCAAUAAAAGAAUCUACAUUGAAUGUUCGUCGAAAAUUAAGUGCUAUUUCAUUGCCUGUUCCUUGGCAUAAACGAAAUCGAUCACCUAGUGACGAUAAAACAUCAACUGAUUCGGUUCCGAAACAAUCACAGCAACAUCGAAAAUCUCAUAUUUUUCGUAAAAUGUCUCGAGAUCGUCUAUUGACAUUAGACAGAUUAUUUAGCAGUGGCACACAUACCACUACAACGACAAACGACGAUGAACAAGCAUCACCAAUAACUGAAUUCACGGCACUUGAUGAAUCUAUUAGAUCUAGUGAAAAACCGAUAAAACCAAUAAAAGAAAAUGGUUAUUUACAUAAUUCACCACGUUUAAUGACCAGGCUACAGUGUACAACGAAAGGUACGAAAGCUUUACGCCUAUUAGGCGAUGGUGGUGGAACGAAUGACUGUAAUCAAAAUCAAGAUCAAGCAUUUUAUACAAAAGACUUUAGUUUUACUAAACAUAGUACACGAACACCUCAUCAACGUCGACUUUUACUAAAAAAUGGUGAAGUCAACAUUUCCAGGUACCUAAUUAACUUUUGUUCAUUAUUAUUCUAAUUUAAUAUUGAAAAACGUCGUCGUCAAUAUCUUGCAGACAUCUUUACAACAUUAAUUGAUUUAAAAUGGCGUUAUGCAUUAUGUUUAUUUACACUUGGCUUUUGUUUAAGCUGGUUAGCGUUUGCUUUAAUAUGGUAUUUAUUAAUGUAUAUAUAUGGAGAUUUACAUCCAAAUAAUUAUAACUCAGCGAAUUAUACUGUAUGCAUAGCGGGUGUACAUUCAUUUGCUGGUGCAAUACUUUUUUCAAUUGAAACGCAACAAACAAUUGGUUAUGGUACACGUGUUGUUAAAGAAACAUGUUAUUUUGCUAUUCUUGUUAUGAUGGUACAAUCAAGUAUAGGUGUUUUAUUACAAUCAUUUAUGGUUGGUGUUGUUUUUGCAAAAAUUUCACGACCCAAAAAACGUACAGAAACAUUAAUAUGGUCACGUGAAGCUGUUAUAUGUUUACGUGAUGGACAAAUGACAUUACAAUGUCGUGUUGGUGAUAUGCGUAAAUCACAUAUUGUUGAAGCACAUGUACGAAUGUAUUUAAUAAAAAAACGUGUUACUUUAGAAGGUGAAAUAUUACCAUUACAUACAUAUGAUAUGAAUGUUGGAUUUGAUAAAGGUGUUGAUCGUUUAUUUUUAAUUUGGCCAUUAGUUAUUGAACAUAUUAUUGAUGAACAAUCACCAUUAUAUGGUGUUAGUCGAUCGGAUUUAGUUAAACAACGUUUUGAAUUAGUUGUUAUACUUGAAGGUAUUAUUGAAUCAACUGGUAUGACAACACAAGCUCGUACAUCUUAUUUACCAUCAGAAAUUUUAUGGGGUUAUCGUUUUGAACGUUUAAUUACCUUUCAACGUGAUGAUGGUUUAUAUCGUAUUGAUUAUUCACGUUUUAAUUUAAGUUAUCCAGUCGAUAUGAUAACAUGUAGUGCAAGAGAUUUAAAAGAAUUACAUGAAUUAGAAAAAUGGCAUGAAAAUAAUCAACAUCAUAGUUAUGAGUAUGUUAUUUGA